AAAAUAUUUUGGUUUGGGACCUGUUGUAGCAUUUCCUAGAAGAUGAUGAAAGGAUCAUGAUCCUGAGAGCAAAGUGUAGCCCAUUUUACUCCGACAGUCAAUGAUCUAGUCACAUCAUUGAUAACAGCUGAUUGAUCGGUUGACUCCAUGGCUGCCACAGGUACUCUAAUAAAGAAGAAAGGAGGUUUGGAUCACUUUAAAGAUGGCCAAGAGCAAUAGGACUCUGAUACUAUAGUUACUGCAAAACCACUUCUCUUGCCUACAGCUUAAGGCCUAUUUUGAAGUCACUCACACUUCUCUUUUCCAUCUAUUACCAAAAGAUGGCAUAAUCCAGUUCCUGAUAAAGAAAUCAAGAGCUUAAAGGUCAAUUUCAAGGAUCAGUUUAUCGAUGAGCAUGGUUUAAACCAACAUGAUUUCUGUUCAUGCACCUGGCAGGUUGAAAUGACAUUCAGUUCCACUGUUUCUUGUGUAUUUUUAGUGCUCCAAGUUGAAACGGUAGAAAAUGGUCAACUCCAGUACAGACACUCUGCAAAACUCCUGUUCUGAUAACAGCCUGAUAACCCAACAGGUUAUCCCACUGCUUUAUGGCCUUGUUUUUAUUGGGGGCAUUCUUCUCAAUGGAGUUGCUGCUUGGAUUUUCUUAUCCGUGCCGAGCACCAAAAGUUUCGUUGUGUACCUCAAGAACAUCGUUGCCGCAGAUCUGCUAAUGAGCCUCACGUUCCCCUUCAAAAUUUUGGCCGAUUCAGAAAUCGGUCCCUCCCAGUUAAAUAUCUUUGUGUGCCGAGUUUCUGCUGUGAUCUUUUACCUCAACAUGUACAUCGGAAUCCUGUUUUUUGGACUCAUAGGUUUCGACAGGUACUAUAAAAUUGUUAAGCCCCUUUUGGUGUCUGCAGUCCACAGAGUCAAAUACAGCAAGAUUCUCUCCUUUCUAAUAUGGGCCACCAUGCUGUUUCUGACGAUUCCAAACAUGAUUUUGACUAACAAAGAGGUGGGCAAUGAAACUUACACAAAGUGUGUGAAACUGAAAGGUGAACUUGGUUUAAAAUGGCAUAUGGUUUCCAGCUACCUUUGUGUUGGGAUUUUCUGGGUUGUUUUUCUACUGCUCGUUGUCUGCUACACAGCUAUCACAAGAAAAAUCUACAGUUCCUAUCUUAAAUUCAGGAAGCAUUCCCUCUCAGCCAAGAAAAAAUCCUCUCGUAACAUUUUCAGUAUCAUGUUUGUGUUUUGUGUUUGUUUUGUACCGUACCAUGCUGCCAGAAUUCCCUACACACGAAGUCAAACUGAAAAUCAAUAUAAUUGCCAAUCCAAAAAACUCUUGUUCUACAUAAAAGAGUUCACUCUGCUCCUGUCUGCUGCAAAUGUGUGUCUUGACCCCAUAAUUUAUUUCUUUCUCUGCCAACCAUUUAGAGAAAAGAUAUUUAAAAAGCUACAUAUCAAGUUAAAGCCUCCAAGUGAUCCGGAAAUCUCAAAAAGCAAAAGAUCCAAUACAAUUCACGAAAGCAUGGGUACUUUAUAAGUUCCAAAAUGACUCCAACUAAUCAGUUUGCUAUCUACAAAUGAUCUGCACAACCACUAGUGAGGUCUAGAGGAACUAAGGUGUCAAGAGACCUGGGUUCUUAUGCCAACUCUGCCAUUGGCCUACUGUAACUUUGGGCAAGUCGCUUAGCUUUUCUGGGCCUCAGCUUCCUCCUCUGUAAAAUGGGGACAAUCAUACCUGCCUCUCCCUAUCUCAAAGAGAUGUUGUGAGGAUAAAGUGAGAUCACCGGUAGAGAGCCACCUGAAAAAGUAAAAGCAUGAUAAAAAUUCAAUGUACUAAUAUUCGGACAA